AUGGCGAAUCCGGUCCUAGAGAGCGACCUGCUUUCUGUCCACCGAGCAGAGAGCAAGAGGGGUUCGCCACGAUGGCAACCUCAGGAGGAAUUUGUCGUAUCUGACGUGUUUAUGCCGCAAACGCCAGAGCCAGAAGAAGCCGAUGAAGCGGACAUUGCCAAAUCAUGGACAACAGUGAUCAGUGAACAGGCUGCUGCCACAAGCAGUUUCCGUAUGGUUCCAGGCAAUGUGACCCCUAUCAAGCCGAAUCCCAACCGUGGAGGCGUAAAUGAAGCGAAGAAAAAGAAACAAAAGAAGAAGAAACCGGCCAAGAAUGUGGAUGCCAGGCUUCCCGUCGUGCACGCCCCCCAACCCGGCUGUGAGACACCUCCUGCUUAUUUCAAGGAUGGACGUUCUUCCAUCUCUCCCCGGCUUCGCCCUGUUGGUGCGUUUAAAAACAACUUCGAGUCUAGACCUCCUUCAUCCCACGGUAUUAGCGCGCUUAGCCUCCAGUUGGACGCAUUGGCCGUUGGCUCUGCUCGACCAUCGGGCUCAGAGGCUAGCAAGAAAGGUUCAGAAACGUCAAGUUGCGGCAGCGUAAUUUCCGAAAGCGACCAGACCGAGAUCUUGACAACCUAUGAGGUUCCUCUAGGGAACGACUUCGUUAGUCUAGAUCUCAACAGCGAAGGGCCCAAGCCUGCAAGCAAUGAAGCGAAAAAAGCAGUACUCAACAGGAAGAUGUCAGCCGCUGAUUUUGAGUCAUUGACGUGUCUUGGGAAGGGAACAUUCGGGACAGUUUUGCUCGUCAAGCAGAAGAUGAACGGGGCCUUGUAUGCACAAAAGCAGUUCCGUAAGGCUUCCCUUACUGUGCAUAAGAGGCUAGUGGAACAGACCAAAACGGAGAGGGCGAUCCUAGAAAGCGUUAACCGGCAUCCGUUUGUUGUCAAGCUGUUUUACGCAUUCCAGGACCAUGAGAAGCUAUAUUUAAUCCUGGAGUACGCGCAGGGAGGCGAGCUGUUCACCCAUCUCGCGAUCGAGCGCAUGUUCUCUGAGGAAACGGCCUCCUUCUAUAUGGCGGAGAUGGUUCUCGCCCUGGAACAUCUGCACUGCAAUGUCGGCGUCAUCUAUCGUGACCUAAAGCCCGAGAACUGCCUUUUGGAUGCCGACGGCCACCUCCUGCUCACGGAUUUCGGCCUCAGCAAGGUUGCUGUCGACGACGAUGAGCGGUGCAAUUCCUCCUUGGGAACUAUAGAGUAUAUGGCUCCCGAGGUAAUCAUGGGCAAGCCUUAUGGCAAAGCUUGCGAUUGGUGGUCACUGGGCGCUUUGGGAUUUGACCUUCUCACCGGCUCGCCUCCAUUCAAGGGCAACAAUCACGCCAAAAUCCAGGAAAGGAUCUUGAAGCAGAAACUCGUACUACCAUAUUUCCUGGGCCCCGAUGCAAAAGAUCUCCUCACACGCUUGCUCCGUAAAGAACCGCAGAAGCGUCUAGGAUACUAUACGUCCAAGGACAUACGCACCAUCAAAUCCCAUCGAUUCUUCAGGAAAAUCGACUGGAAAGCCCUGGAAAAGCGUGCCGUGGAGCCUCCGAUCAAACCUGUCGUAACAGACCCCGCUCUUGCUGAGAAUUUCUCUCAUGAUUUCACUUCAUUGCCCCUCAGCCCUGUCGUAACGACUAAGUCUGGGCCGUCUGCAAACGCCAUGGAUGAGACGGACGUCGAUGGUGAGGGAUUUGUCGAUGGCGAGAUGGGGGGUGUCCAGGCUCCUGAUGAUCCUUUUGGUGGGUUCAGUUUUGUAGCACCGAGCAGCCUGCUUGAGAGCGGCCUUGCUCUUGGAAAUAUGAAGUGGUAG